GACAAUAACAUCAACAAACAAUCCAACAAAUCCUACGCGCUUACUUUCAUAUCUACCAAACUAGCACUUGAAUUAGCCUUUUCUUCUAAGCGAAGCAUACAAGAGAGAAUAACACCAUUUUCUCAUGAUAGUAGCCUCCAUAUGGUGACCCCAUCACUCAAUUCCACAAAACAACCAUGAUAAUUACCAGACACAUAAAUGUUAACAAUAGCUUGUAUUCUCUUCCAUACCCUUUCUAUUCCUUUGUCUUCCUUCCACCACCAUGCUUCUCCUGUUUCUGUUCUUUCUCUUCUUCUCCAAUGUCAACCCUGCAUUUUCUGCUCACUGCACCACCAUCACAUCCUCUAAAACCUUUGAAAGAUGCAUGACGCUUCCUACCCAGCAAGCUUCAAUGGCUUGGACCUUUCAUACCCACAAUUCCACUCUAGACCUUGUUUUCUUUGGGACCUUUAUUUCGCCUUCUGGAUGGGUUGGAUGGGGUAUUAAUCCUACAUCUUCAGAUAUGAUAGGUACCCGUGCUCUAAUCGCCUUUCCAGACCCAAAUUCUGGCCAACUAGUAGUAUUACCUUACAUUUUGGACCCAACUGUAAAGCUGCAAAAAUCACCACUUCUCUCUCGCCCUCUAGAUAUUAACCUCCUCUCCUCCUCCGCCACCCUCUACGGUGGCAAAAUGGCCACCAUACACAACGGUGCGGCAAUCCAAAUAUAUGCAACAUUAAAAGUGGCGCCGAAUAAAACCAAAAUUCACUUUGUAUGGAACCGUGGUUUAUAUGUUCAAGGUUACUCCCCAACCAUCCAUCCAACAACUUCCAAUGACCUAUCUUCCAUGGCCACCAUUGACGUCUUGUCAGGCUUCAAUUCUGCCCAUAAAGACGACAGAAAAACAUUGAAAAUAGUACAUGGAAUCAUAAACGCUGUGUCAUGGGGUAUUUUACUGCCAGUUGGGGCUGUCACUGCCCGAUAUUUGCGACACAUACAAGCACUAGGGCCGGCUUGGUUCUAUGCUCAUGCAGGAUUACAACUAAGUGGAUUCUUUUUAGGAACUGUGGGAUUUGCUAUAGGAAUCAGGCUUGGAGAACUAUCACCAGGAGUUGUUUAUAGCCUGCAUAGGAAGCUUGGGUUCGCAACGUUCUGCUUGGGGGCUCUACAAACGCUGGCACUACUGUUUAGGCCAAAGACUACAAACAAGUAUAGAAAGUAUUGGAAAUCUUACCACCAUUUUGUAGGGUAUGCUUGUGUGGUGCUUGGAGUUGUGAAUGUUUUUCAAGGAUUUGAAGUAAUGGGAGAGAGUGGAUCUUAUCCUAAGUUGGGAUAUUGCUUGUGCUUGUCUACAUUGGUGGGUGCUUGUAUAGCUUUGGAGGUGAAUUCUUGGAUUAUUUUUUGUAGAAAAUCCAAGGAAGAGAAGCUGAGAAGAGAAGGAUUGAUUAGCGGGUCUGAUAAAGGAAGUGGAAUUCAUAGUUGAUGAGUAAAAUCAUAAAAAUGAAAAUUUAUGUUCGAAAUGGGAUUUUUCUCUUUUUUUUUUUUCCAGUAUAUAUUUGUGUUCUGAAUAUCAGAAUUUGAUAGAUCUCUACGCUAAUUCUGAUUAAGGAGGAUCCAAUCAAACAACCUUUUAUGUUUUGAUAUGGAUUUGGGUUCA